AUGGCCUUGGACAGGGCCAUCUGCCUUGUCCCAAUAUAUCAGCGGCUUCCGAUUGGCCUUCGUCGUAUCCGAGACGCACUAGACAGCCUCUCGGAACUGGUGGUCAUCACUCGCGCAGCCAUCUACCCCGGACUCGCAGAAGCGGGGGAGUGGAGCGCGGAAAGCUUCGACUAUAUCAGGGUCCACGGCCUCCGGGACAUGGAUGAGAACCAUAAUCUCCCGGUCUAUCCCGUCUCAUCAUCGAAUUCAACAUUUAGUCGCUGCAGCAAUUUCACAAUGACCGAUAUAUCUCGCCACGGCACUGUCGAGAAGGAAGCUUCUUACGCUGAACACGUUGGGGACGUUGAGAAGAGCGAGCAUGUCCCGCAAUAUGACAGGUUUGGGGCUGCGGCCAAGGUCGACCCCAAGGAGAUUGCUCUGGUCCGCAAGAUUGACUGCUACAUGAUGCCAACGCUCUGGGCGAUGUACUUCCUCAACUUUCUGGACCGCAAUGCCCUCGUCAACGGCAAGCUCAACAGUCUUGUCGAAGACUUGAAUUUGAAGGGAACCCAGUACAAUACCUGCGUGAGCAUUCUUUUCGUCGGGUACCUUGUCGGACAGGUGCCCUCUAACAUGCUUCUCAACCGCGUCAAGCCCGCGUGGUAUAUGGCUGGCUUCAUGAUGGCUUGGGCAAUCGUAUCGACCCUCACAUGCCUUGUCAAAGAUUAUCACCACAUGCUUGCAUGUCGACUUGUGCUUGGUGUCGUGGAGGCACCAUUCUAUCCAGGCGCACUGUUCAUGAUUUCGCUCUUCUAUAACCGCAAAGAAGCUACCACACGAAUGGCCGUACUAUAUACUGGAAACAUGCUGGCGAGUUCGUUCUCGGGCCUUAUCUCCGCUGCUGUCUUUGCUACCCUCGACAAGAAACAUGGCCUUGCUGGCUGGCAGUGGCUGUUUCUGAUACAAGGAGUCGUGACCGUGGCAGUGGCCAUUGCCGCGUUCUUUCUCCUUCCGAACUCUCCCAAGCAGACUUUUUGGCUCACACCGGAGGAGCGGCAGCUUGCUCACGAUAGGAUCGCGCGAGACACGACUCAAAAGGCAGAGGGAACGAGUGUCUGGACUGGGCUUCGGGAAGCGUGCUUGGACUACCGAACUUGGAUUUUCGCCCUGAUGUGCAACCUUCAUCUCUCAGCCAACGGCUUUAAGAAUUUCAUGCCAACCGUCGUUGAGACGCUCGGCUUUAACUCGACUGUCACCCUUGUACUGACUUGCCCGCCAUAUCUCGUGGCGACUUUCACUUCGGUCGCUGUUUCUUGGUCUUCAGGCCGUUUCAACGAGCGGACAUGGCACGUCACAAUCUCCAAGGCACUCGCAAUUGUGGGGUUCGCAGUUGCUUGUGGAAGCCUAAACACUGGGGCACGAUACUUUGCCAUGAUCCUGUUUGUUGGCGCCACCUACGGAGUGAACAAUAUCAACAUCGCCUGGGUGGCCGCCACGGUCGGACAGACUGAUGAGAAGAAGGCCGUGGCUAUCGCGAUCACCAAUACCCUAGGAAAUCUAGCCAGUGUGUACACACCAUAUCUUUGGCCGGAUAGCGAUGCUCCCAGGUUUGCGCCUGCCAUGUACGCCAGCAUUGGGUUUUCGGCCGGGGUGGUGAUAUUGGCGUGGGUCAUGAGAUGGAUUCUCAUGAGAGAAAAUAAGAAGCUCCGAGCAGCUGAUCCAGGGGUCAUAAACCUUUACGCUUACUGA